ACUGCUCUCCUCUCAUUGGUUAAACAGUUUCUUCCUGCUUAGCGGUGUUUCAUACGAAGAGCGAAGCAUAUUUGUUUUAAAUACGUAUGCUAAGGGAGGUCUAUCUAUCCCACUGUAAACUACAUUGACAGCUUUUUCUGGUUCUGGCUUUAAUAAGUAAAAGCAUGGCAGAGUGCUCCGGAGAUCCAAGGACGAAGAGGAAAGUGGCUGUUAUCACUGGUAUCACGGGGCAGGAUGGGUCAUACUUGGCGGAGUUUCUGCUCUCCAAAGGAUAUGAGGUACAUGGUAUUUUGAGACGUUCCAGCUCCUUCAACACUGGACGCAUUGAACAUCUUUACCAGAACCCACAGGCACACACUGAAGGCAAUAUGAAGCUACACUAUGGUGACUUGACAGACAGCACAUGUCUAGUGAAGAUCAUCAACCAAGUCAAGCCAACAGAGAUUUACAACCUGGGUGCUCAGAGUCAUGUCAAGAUCUCCUUUGAAUUGGCUGAGUACACUGCAAAUGUGGAUGGCGUGGGCACACUUCGUCUUUUGGAUGCUAUAAAGACGUGCGGUCUGACCAACAGUGUCAGGUUUUAUCAGGCCUCCACCAGUGAAUUGUACGGCAAAGUUCAGGAGAUCCCACAGAAGGAAACCACACCGUUUUAUCCUCGCUCACCUUACGGUGCAGCUAAAUUGUAUGCCUAUUGGAUUGUGGUGAACUUCAGAGAGGCCUACAACAUGUUUGCCGUCAACGGGAUCCUCUUUAACCAUGAGAGUCCAAGGAGAGGAUCCAAUUUUGUGACACGCAAGAUCAGCCGAUCAGUUGCAAAGAUCCACCUGGGCCAACUUCAAAGUUUCAGUCUGGGCAACUUGGAUUCAAAGAGGGAUUGGGGCCAUGCCAAAGACUACGUGGAGGCUAUGUGGUUGAUGCUGCAACAGGAGGAGCCAGAUGAUUUCGUCAUAGCGACGGGGGAGGUGCAUAGUGUGAGGGAGUUUGUGGAAAAAGCCUUCAAACAUGUGGGGAAGAGCAUUGUGUGGGAAGGAAAGAAUGAGAAUGAGGUGGGACGUUGCCAAGAGACAGGAGUUGUGCAUGUAAAUGUGGAUCCAAAAUACUUCCGUCCGACUGAAGUAGAUUACCUGCAAGGUGACAGCACGAAAGCAGAUCAGAAGCUCGGUUGGAAGCCUAAGGUCACUUUUGAGAAGCUGGUGAAGGAAAUGGUGGACGCUGACAUCGAGAUGAUGAAGAAAAACCCAAAUGCCUGAGACCAAACCGUAUGCAGUCCAUUUUAGUGCACAACAAGGACCAUGUUUAAUUAAUGUUGCCUUGAAGAUAAUUCCAAAUGAAGUUAUGGUGUAUGUUUGAUUUUUGUUUUGUUUUGAUUAAUUAUGGCAUUUUACUCCAAUCAUUUAAGUUCCAGGGACGAUAAAAACUAUUACCUGGGAAACAUGAAUCAAUAGUUUACUGUAAAAAUCAAUGCAGAUUGUACAUGCAGAAAGACACAAUAUAGUCUGAGAAUGCAAUUACAGAAGGAAUCCCAUUGUUUGAAUAAAGCAAUCACAAAACAGUAA